AUGGCCUCCAAGUGUGUCCACAAGGGCUGCGGGAAGGAGUUCACCGACCCCGAAGAGCCCUGCGUUUACCAUCCCGGCCCGCCAGUGUUCCACGAAGGUCAAAAAGGCUGGAAAUGCUGCAAGCCCCGCGUUCUCACCUUCGAUGAAUUCCUCGCCAUCCCCCCAUGCACCACGGGCAAACACUCCACCGUCGACGAUACCCCUCAGCCUGCCCCGCAACCGGUCGUCGAAGAGGCUCCUUUAGCCCCGGCCUCGACGCCGGUGGCGGAGCCUCCCCGCCAUGCCAUCUCGCCCGCCAUUGCCCCUCCUUCUAAUGCGCCUACUCCCGUUCCCGAAGAGCCCGAGUCCGACGACCCCGACCUCGAGAUUCCGGCCAACGCCACCUGUCGCCGGAAGGGCUGCAACAAGGGAUAUGAUUCCGCCGUGGCGCGCGAGGACGAGAAAUGCGUGUUCCACCCCGGCGCACCCAUCUUCCACGAGGGCAGCAAGGGCUGGUCCUGCUGUAAGAAGCGGGUGCUCGAGUUCGAUGAGUUCUUGAAGAUCCAGGGCUGCACGGAGAAGACGAAGCAUCUGUUUGUUGGAAAGGGCAAGCCCCCGGGUGAGGAGAAGGUGGACACCGUCAGAAACGACUUCUACCAGACGCCAUCCUCCGUCAACGUCUCUCUCUACCUGAAGAAGAUCGACAAAGAGAACGCAAAGGUCCAGUUCACCGCCACAUCCUUGGAGUUGGAUCUUCCUACGACGGACAACAAGCGGUACAAGGAUACCUAUCAGCUGUUCGCACCAAUCGAUGCCGAGAAGUCCCAGUUCCGUGUCAUGGGGACGAAGCUGGAACUGACACUGGUCAAAGCGGACGGCACCAGCUGGCCGGUGCUGCGGAGCGACGAUAAAUGGACUGGAGAGCGCAUCCAGGUCGGAAAGGCUGGCAGGGCUUGA